CUCCGCGUAUUAUUUCACGGCUGCCCGCUCGCUUGAGAGCUUCAUUUAUGCCUGCUGCUCGCCCUGCUUCCAUCUGUCCUCCAUUCAUCUACCCAUCCAGCAGUGCAGUGUCCACAUCAGGAAGGAAAGAAGCAACUUUUAUACAUUUCUUUCAUCACCUUCCUUAUUCGGGGAGAUCAUCUCUGCCUUCAGCCGUAUUGACGCUGCUUCCUCCUGUGUGGACAAGAGGAUGGAUGGUUGACCUCUGAGAUUGCUGACUGGCUCACUGCGCAUUCUAAUCAUGGCCAAAAGUCCGGAGGUGAAACUUGCCGUCUUCGGCCGUGCAGGGGUGGGCAAGUCAGCACUGGUGGUGAGGUUUCUGACUCGACGCUUCAUCUGGGAAUACGACCCGACACUUGAAUCCACCUACCGCCAUCAGGCCAAUAUUGAUGAUGAGGUUGUCACCAUGGAGAUUUUGGACACAGCAGGCCAGGAGGACAACCAGCAGAGAGAAGGCCACAUGCGUUGGGGUGAUGGCUUCGUCAUCGUCUACGAUAUCACAGACCGAGGAAGCUUUGAGGACGUAGCGCCGCUCAGGAGUCUUCUAGAAGAGGUCAAGAAACCCAAGAACGUGCCUCUGGUUCUGGUGGGCAACAAGUCCGACCUGGACCACAUUCGGCAGGUGACCACCGAGGAGGGCGAGCGCCUGGCCGCUGAAAUGGCGUGUGCCUUCUACGAGUGUUCGGCGUGCGCUGAUGAAGGCCGCGCCGUGGCCGAGGCGUUCCACGAGCUGUGCCGCGAGGUGAGGCGCCGCAAGGCCGUGCAGGGGAAGGCCAGACGCCGCAGCUCCACCACACACGUCAAACAGGCCAUCAACAAGAUGCUGACCAAGAUCAGCAGCUAGGGGAGACUCUUUACAACUCAAGAACCAAAAUAAUAAUAAAGCAUUUCUCAUGUACAGUAAAUGUUUGUGACUGGCGCUCAAAUGGACUCGAUGGAGUGUAUAAUUUAUCACCCUAAAGUGCAAUAUAUCAUCCCUUUAGUGCACAUUCAAGCAGGAAACUACACUGUAGAUUUUACAUGGAGAAUCUACUUAAUAAUUAGCCCAUCUUGGAGUCGACUGCAUCCUGAGGGACAGAAAUGGAGUCUUGCUUGCUGUUGCCCUAUUUCUGACAGCACAGGUAGAUAACGUUCAUGGAUUUAUUCCUGGAAGCUGCUGAGAUAUGAGAUCCGUCUCCAUUUGACACAAUAAAUGAGUCGGCGAGGACAUAAUUCUGAUUGAACAUUCAUGUAGCCGUCUGUAUAUUGUAGGGGUGUCACAAGAUAGUCCAUUCACGAGACGAGACCAUAUAUGAUAUUGGGUCUAUGAGACUGAAAUAUAUGGCUGGACAAAUUUAACUGUCACAAAACAAUGCAGGGGUUAGCAUGUUAGCCACACAGUCAGUAGAUCUGGAAGAUCUGCGUUUGAAUAUCCGUUGGGUAGUUGGAGUUCAUAUGUUCUUCCCAUUUCUCCGGGUACUCCGGUUUCCUCCCACAUUCCAAAAACAUGCUAGGUUAAUUGGCGACUCCAAAUUGUCCAUAGGUAUGAAUGUGAGUGUGAAUGGUUGUUUGUCCAUAUGUGCCCUGUGAUUGGCUGGCCACCAGUCCAGAGUGUACCCCGCCUCUUGUCCAAUGUUGCAUAGAUAGCGGCAUAGAAUAUGUCACUAUACACAAAUGUUUUAAUAAUUUUGCAUGCAUGACCUAAGCAUGAUACUUUUCACUGUUGAACUUUCCACAAAUUGAAACAAAAACUACCACUUCAAAUAAUGACGGAGGUUAUAGCUGCUAAAAAGUAGGUCCGAAUUACUUCUGGCUGCCCUCUUCCUGAAAAAAAAAAUUGUAUAGAAUACACGGUGUGUCUGUCUGUGUGUGUGUGUGUGUGUGUGUGUAGGGCUCAAAUUGACAACAUAACAGAACAGCAUGUCAACCCAAAGGCGGGUCUAUAGUGACUGUCAAUCCUCUUGCUUAGACGACUCUAUUUUAAUAAACGGUAACACACGGGAAGACCCACUAGGAUUAUCCAGGAAAUAGAACAAAAGCACAUACACGCAAAAUAAGCGACUAACUCGCAUCACACCAAAAUCUGACUUGAAACACUGUAUUGUAGAGUAUAGGUAAGCCUUAAGCGCCACUGUUGUGUCUUAGGUGAAGACACCGCAGUACUCAAGUGUAUUAUAUAUAUAUAUAUAUGUCUCUGUAUAUAUAUAUCUAUAUAUCGACCUAUAUAUACAGGUAUAUAUAUCUGUGUGUGUUUUCCUGUCAACAUAAUGUGACCUGUCAACAUAAUGUGCACUUAACAGCAAUUAAAACGUA